AUGGGGGGUAAACAGUCCAGACUGAGUAAAGAGACCCAGAAUGGUUCAGAGAAACUAGAGGUCAGUGUGAAUAAUCAGUUUUCACCAACUGUGGCUUCAGAGGUCACAGAAAAUACCGUAGCAGAUGCUGUAAGAGGGAAGUCUCUGCAAAUUCGAGGCGUGAGAAAAGUGAUCCGCAAAAAUCUUUGGGCAAGAGCGGAGCAGGACGAGGCCGAUUGCAAACUGAGGGAGCAGCAGGAAAACCACAGACUGGAGAGAGAGACACCGGACUUAGUGAAAGUCUGCGAACUUCUGUUUCGAGACGGAGAAACAGACGCUUAUUACCUUAAAGAGAUUAAGGCGAAAGCAGAGAAGGGCGAGGUCAGCGACUAUCAGGUAAGGCCGAAGCAGCAACUUGCAUCGGAGAACCACGGAGAGGCGCCAAAGGAAGUUACACCCAUUGGUAAAUGGGUGUAA